CCCCUCCCCCUUUUCCUCCUUCUCGCCCCGACUCCCCAACCCCUUUCCCCUCCUCCCAUCUCUCCUUAAACGGGAUUCCGGCUCGGGACGGCACCACCGGGCAUCCCGCGGCGGCAGCCCCCGGGGCUCCGGCAGGUCCCCGCUGUCCCUCCUCGCACGCACACACACACAUACACUCACCCCACCCCGAGAAGCAGUGAGAAUUAUAACCCCCCCUCUUCCCCACCCCGUCUCCCGCUUCUCUCCCUUUAACCCCUCUCACCGGUGUGGCAAACCGAUCCGGGGGUGCCGUGUCCGCUCGGGAGGGCUCAACCCAAAGAGCCCCCGGUCCCGGGGGGGUACGAUGAGGUAGAGGGCGGCGGCGGAGAGCCCGGCCGGGGGCCGCGGCAGGAGGGCAUGAAACGGAGAGCUGCGGGGAUGGGAGGCAGCGCUCGCUGCUGAGAGCCGGCAGCGGCCAAGCUCCGAGGACGGCAGCUCGUACAGCUCACAGGGAUCCGCUUUUCACCAUGGGAUUGCAGCUGGCGCUCCUGCUCGCAGGGAUCGUCGCGCUCUCGGACUCAGCGAGAGGCCCUCCGAGGAUUGCCGAUAAAGUGAUCCACCGUCAGUCAGUGAGGCUGGGCAGGACCAUCAAGCUCCUGUGCCCGGUGGAAGGUGAUCCCCCACCCCUCACCAUGUGGAUGAAAGAUGGACGCACCAUCCACAGUGGCUGGACGAGGUUCCGGAUCCUUCAGCAAGGGCUGAAAAUCAAAGAGGUAGAGAGUGAAGAUGCGGGAACCUACAUUUGCAAAGCCACCAAUGGUUUCGGCAGCACCAAUGUGAACUACACCCUCAUCGUGAUAGAUGACACCAGCUCAGGAAAGAACAGCCAGACACCUGAAGGCUCUAAUGGAGAAUAUGAAGAUCAUUCUGGGAAGCAAUGGGCCCAGCCCAGGUUCACCCAGCCUGCAAAGAUGAGACGCAGAGUCAUCGCCCGUCCUGUUGGCAGCUCCAUCCGUCUGAAGUGUGUGGCCAGCGGCAACCCACGGCCUGACAUCACGUGGCUGAAGGACAAUAAGCCCCUCAUGCCCCAUGAGACUGGGGAGAACAAGAAGAAGAAGUGGACACUGAACCUGAAGAAUCUGAAGCCAGAGGAUAGUGGGAAAUACACCUGCCGAGUGUUUAACAAAGUUGGGGAGAUCAAUGCGACUUACAAAGUUGAAGUGAUUCAGAGAACGAGAUCCAAGCCCAUCCUGACAGGGACACACCCCGUCAACACAACGGUAGACUACGGUGGGACCACAUCCUUCCAGUGUAAAGUCCGCAGUGAUGUCAAACCUGUCAUCCAGUGGCUGAAGCGGGUGGAGUAUGGCACAGAGAGCAAGUACAACUCUACCAUUGAUGUUGGGGGACAGAAGUUUGUUGUGCUACCCACGGGGGAGGUCUGGUCCCGUCCUGAUGGCUCCUACCUGAACAAACUGAUGAUUACUCGAGCCAAGGAAGAGGAUGCAGGGAUGUACAUUUGCUUAGGGGCAAACACCAUGGGCUACAGUUUUCGCAGUGCUUUUCUCACAGUCCUGCCAGAUCCCAAGCCUCCGAGUGCACCUGUGCCCCCCUCCUCAGCCAGCAGCCUUCCCUGGCCUGUGAUCAUCGGCAUCCCUGCUGGGGCGGUCUUCAUCUUUGGGACAAUCCUCCUGUGGCUUUGCCAGACCAAGAAGAAACCUUGCUCCCCACCAGCUGCUGCCCCUGUGCACCGGCCGCAGCCCCGGGACAGGAUCUGUGUUUCCCAGGUCCCAGACAAAGACUGCAUCUCCUCCAUAAACUAUGAGGAAUACGUCGCCCAGCAGCAGCAUUUACUGUCCCAAGGGCCUGCGCUCGCUCCAGCCAUGGCAUCCAAAAUGUACCCAAAGAUUUACACGGACAUCCAUACCCACACCCACUCGCAUGUGGAAGGCAAAGUCCACCAGCACCAGCACAUUCAGUACCAGUGCUAAGAGGGCGGCCGUGUACAGAAGCUCAUGGGGGCUUUUCCUCCUGGUACCUCAGAAGAGACUGCUCAAAGUCAGCUCACACUGCCAGCAGUAGGCAAAGCAGACAGAAAAGAUUAUAUAUAUGAUUUUAAAUAUAUAUAUACAUAUAUAUAUAAUUGUAUAUGCGUGUG